AUGGCACUCUCCGACAAGGAGAACCCGAAGAAGUGGUCAUACACAUACAAAUGGACAGUAACCGGCAUCGUCGGCAGUGCGGGCUUUGUUGUCGCUUGGGCGUCGGCUGUGGACUCUGAAGUCGCACCUCAGAUCGUCGAGCAGUUUGGGGUCGGCCAAGAGGUGUCGUUGUUGGGAACGACGCUGUUCAUGGUUACGUUUGGUCUUGGAAGCUUGAUCAGCGCUCCCUUCUCUGAAGUGGUUGGAAGGAAUCCCGUCUACAUCAUUAGUCUCAUUAUUUUCGGUCUCUUUACCAUGGGAGCUGGACUGGCAACAGACAUCGAGUCGUAUCUUGUGUGCCGCUCCUUCGCCGGACUCUUUGGCUGCCCGCCGUUGACUAACUUCGGCGGCACGACUGCUGAUCUGUGGACUCCAACAGAGAGGACGUACGUCUUUCCAGUACUGGCUUGUUUGAGCUUUCUGGGCCCUUUCUUAGCACCCAUGGUUGCGGAUUUUGUCGGGCCAAGCCCACUGGUCAGUUGGCAAUGGACAGAAUGGCUUACCCUGAUCUUCACCGGAGCGCUCGUCGCCGGCAUCCUCUUCUUCGCUCCUGAAACCUAUGCUCCCGUAAUCCAGAGUUGGAAAGCCAGCCAGCUUCGAAAAAUCAGCGGCGACGACCAAUACAUGACCGACAAGGAAAGGCACAGCCCGCCGUUCGGUACUCGCCUUCUCCGCAGCAUCUACAUUCCGAUCAAGUUCCUCUUUACGGAGCCCAUCACAGAUCUCUUUGCACUGUACCUCAUCAUCCUGUACAUCAUACUCUUUGGCUUCCUUCCCGGAUUCCAGUUCAUCUUCGGCGAGGAAGGGAUUUACGGCUUCGGCCAAAACCACACCGGCUUAUGCUUCAUACCGAUGAACGUCGGCUUCCUCCUCGCUUUAAUUCCUAUAUUUCCCAUCUACCGCCGCUUCAAGAGAAAGAUGCAACAGGAAGAAGAGCGAGGCAAGGACAAGGUUGUGCCGGAGGAGAGGCUGUUGCACGCCAUGAUCGCCGGGCCAUGUCUCCCCAUCAGCCUCUUCUGGCUGGGCUGGACAUCUUGGCUGAGUGUUAGCUUCUGGUCUCCACUUAUCGCUUCCGUCCGAUUUGGCUUCUCCGUCAUGGGCAUCUUCAUCUCGUGCUACCAGUACAUCAUCGAUACGUACGAGACCAUGGCGGCCAGUGCUCUGGUCGGCAUGACAUUGCUGAGAUACUGUGCGAGCGGGCCGAUGGUUAUCGUCUCGCUGCCCAUGUACACCAAUCUCGGUGUUCACUGGACCCUGACUUUACUCGGUUGUUUGAGCGCAGUGAUGGCGCCAGUGCCUUUCUUCUUUUAUUUCGGUGUGGGUGCUUGGGCGAGGAAGAAGAGCAAGAAUGCAACAAGUUUUGAAUGA